AUGCACGUUAGAGGCCUGCUGCACGACAUCCUCAAGACAAAUUUGUGGCCACCAGAGACAGGAGACAGGUACACGGAAGAGAAGGAAGCCAAAAUCAUAGAAAACACGUCGUCGUCGCAGCCUGAUAACGUGGCCGCGAGUUACAAGGAGACCAAGAGCAAGACGUCUGGCAGGAAGAAAGACGUAAAGAUCAAGGUGGGCGAGCAAAUGUCAGAUACUGAGCUAGUGGAUCCUUUGCCGGAGAAGUUAUGCUCGACAGUGAACGCCAGACUGAAGAACGAUCUAAUCGUGUGCGCGGUGAUCGGCACCCUGUCUUUUGGAAUUCAUCGUACGACGGUGUUCACCGCUCUGCAACCGGAGCUCAAUCCGGAGCAUUUUGACAGGUUUUCUUGGGAGCGUGUUAGAGAAGAUGGUAAGAGGAAACUGAAAAUCGGAGCAAUUCCUUCAGUUUUUAACGAUAGUCUCCCAUCGAAGCCAUUUAAUGAACAUACAUAUUCAAUGCCAUUGCAGGACAGAAGUAAUAUUGCUGCACAAUUAUCUGUUAAGAAGAAAAAAUUACGUUCGUCAUGUGAUAUUGAUCACACAUAUAUAUGUCGACCAAUCUGCUGCAAUGAUGGAAAUGUGCCUGAAAUAGUUCAAAUAGAGAAUGAAAAGAUUGGAGCAGAUCCAUUACAAACAGAGACAAGCUCCGCUACAAUACAGCUCGGAUACAAUGGUUUAGAUGUCUGCACAUCAACUGUUAAUUCUGUUAAAAGAAGUGCUGAAAGCGAAGAGAGUGCUGUACACUUUCAUACUAUGACACAAGAUGAUACACUUUUGGAUUGGCUAAAGGAAGUGAAAAAGGACAUCAAUACUUGGACAAAAUGA